CACUACAGGAAAACAGUGUACACGAGGGUCUCCCUAUAGUACAAUACCGUAUAUUUACUUCCUUAUCCACUUACAACAAAGUGAGCUUUCAGUUUGCUCAUAACCCAGUUUCGUUUUCCCUGUAGCACUUAUGCAAACAAUCGUCGGACAGUUGACGUAAAAAAAACCUGCUUAAUUUCCGUAUGAGUGCGACAGGAAAACCCAUACGCGUGUUUUAGAUCAGGAUUUAAGAAACGUAGCUGACAUCAAACAGCAGUUUUUAGCAUUGUACUCUCAGUUUCAGUGGAAAUGGACGAGGUAGAAACAUGCCUUCCCGACAAAAUACAGUCACGUGACCCCACUGCUGACGACGACGACGACGACGACGACGAUGAUGAUACCGCCAACGCACCAGACAUUGUGAAUUGUCGGAUAGAUGCCUACAGCAAUGUAUUGUUUGAUGAACUUGCUUCUUUGUGGGAAAGAAAAAUGUUUUGUGACGUAACGUUUGAAGUAAACUCCAGCAGCUACAAAUGUCACCGCAUUGUGCUAGCCUCGAUUUCAACUUACUUCCGGCGGAUAUUUCGCCAGACCAGAAGACAUGUUUUUCGGAUACGUAAUAUCAGGAACAAAAUUUUUGAAGACAUUCUGAAAUUUGCAUACACCGGAAGUAUCGCGAUUACGUACUCAAACGUUUUCGAGGUCAUUUUUGUUUGUAGCUUUCUAGAAAUACCAUCACUGAUUGUGGUGUGUGUUGAAUGUGCUGGUUGGCAUAUUGAUGCACAGAAUUGUUUUGAGGUCAUGACCUUUGCAAAUUUGAUAGGAAUUCAAACAUUAUAUGAAAAAGCAAUGGAAUUUGUAAUUCGAAAUCAAGACAAACUCUUCAUCAAAUCCGAAAUAUGCAUGAACUCUGUUGAGUCUGUUUUGGAUUUUUUCAACAACAGAACUCAACUAAUGACAAGAAAUGGACUUCCCAUUUCGUUGAUAUUGCACGAGACUUACUUUCUCAAAUUUUUAAAGAAUUUUACGUCUGGUUCCAACACAAACGAAUUAUUUGCAGAGCUAAUCAAGUCUGUCAACCUUCCUGUUCUUCCAGCCACACAAUGGAAAUCCAUCCUUCGUCCCCAUGAACAGCUUUUAGGUAACGCGCUGGUCCAAUAUCUGUUGGAACUCUCCGACAUGCAUCGUCAAGGAAGACGUCAUGAGCACUCACCUCCGCUCUGGGACACUGUUCCGAGGGUGAAAUGGAGUAUUGUCAUGGAUAAACCUACGAAACACGCAGUUACUGAAACCCAGUGUCCCAAAUGCAGUCAUUUCAACGACGAGCUCCUUACUGAUCCUUCCGUUUUGGUGACCGUGAUCAAACUUUACUUCCGGCCGUGGUGGAAUACAACGGAAGAAAAGACCGACGUUCUUGGAGGUAUGAAGCUGAUCUAUGACAAUGAUCUCGAAAUAUGUCACGGCUUGAACCCAAAUCAAACCAGAUUAAAGCAAUCGAUUAAAACUUAUACUGUUAAACUUAACAGAGGGGAACUCAUUGACGCCAUCGACUUGACGUUCGGGUGGUGUAUCAAUAAACUUACCUUUUACACCAGCGAAGGGCGACAACUCGGGCCGUAUGGUGGAGUGGGUGGAGAUGUACACAGUUAUAAAGCACCAACUGAUGGUCAAUUUGGUCAUUUUCAUUGUUUCCGUGGCAACGUGGUGAUGACCUAUCACAUGCAAGCCAUCGCUAACCUACAGAUAGGCUGGGCUUGUUUUCACACAAAUCAAGGACAACCAAAUGGCCCAGAGAGGCUCCCAAGCCUAACAGAAGAGCUCGAUGACAAAUAACUCCUCCUCCUCCUCCUCCUCCUCCUC